GCGGCGGGCAACGCACUAGACCACGCCGCGGGCUGUGUUCGCUGUGCGCAGGCGCAGUUCAGCGGAGCUGCGAGUGCCGCGGCGGAGGUGGAGGCCGGGGGGAAGUGAAUGGUUUUACCCAGCGGGCCCCGCGUUGGCCCUCGCCUCAGUGGCUUCAGUCGUGCCUCUUAUCCUAUCUUUGUGGGGCCAUGGCGUUCACGUUCGCUGCCUUCUGCUACAUGCUGGCGCUGCUGCUCACCGCCGCUCUCAUCUUCUUCGCCAUCUGGCACAUUAUAGCAUUUGAUGAACUGAAGACUGAUUACAAGAAUCCUAUAGACCAAUGUAAUACACUCAAUCCUCUUGUACUUCCAGAAUAUCUCAUCCACGCUUUCUUCUGUGUCAUGUUUCUCUGUGCAGCAGAGUGGCUUACACUGGGUCUCAAUAUGCCACUCUUGGCAUAUCAUAUUUGGAGGUAUAUGAGUAGACCAGUGAUGAGUGGACCAGGACUUUAUGAUCCUACAACCAUCAUGAAUGCAGAUAUUCUAGCAUACUGUCAGAAAGAAGGAUGGUGCAAAUUAGCUUUUUACUUACUAUCAUUUUUUUACUACCUAUAUGGCAUGAUUUAUGUUUUGGUGAGCUCGUAAGAUGAUAUUCAGCAGACUCAGUCCAGUUAAAGUGCAUGCAAAAGCCACAAAGUUGAAAGGAUUCUGUCCAACAAGAACCUGUUUCCAAGAUUAGCUUAUGGAAUAUGAUCAGUUACUUUAAAAAAAAAACAAAAAAGACUCCUUAUUUUUAAAAUGUUUCCACAUUUUUUAUUUGUGGAAAGACUUUUCAUAUGUUAUGCUCGGACAAAGAAAUUAAAUGGAAUUACGUAUAAAUGAAUAUAAAAGGAUUACCUCUGGUAUUGACAGGUUUGAACUUGUACUCCCUAGGAACAGCCAUAAUUUUCUGAAUAAUUGCAUUAAUUAUUGACUGUCCUUAGCCUAUUGGAAGUUUUUGUUUACAGGAGCUUAUAGUAGCUUAUUUUGGUUCUAUUAAAAUACUAAUUAUAAAUUAGCUGUAGAGAUCAAGUGCUUUUGAAGGACUAAAAACUGUAUAUGUGACCUUGUGGAAAACCUCACAGGUUUCUUCAUAUAUUAUGUAGAAGAUUACAUGGAUAUAUUUGCAAAAAUAAGGUUGAUGGGAUUUUUUUUCUUAACAUUUGAAUAUUAGCCCUAUAUAUUGCAUGGCCUAGGAAUUUCCCAUAAUAUUUCCAUACAACUCAUAUACUUUAAUACUAAGAAAAUAUAUACUAAAUUAUCUUGGAAUGCAUUUAAAGUUAUUUUAAAUGUCUUCAUUUGUAGAAGUCACUUAGUAAGAAAUUCGGUAUUCUAAUUAUUGUUAUAAUCCAGUGAUAAGAUAUUCUUAAGGACUUGGCAAGUUAUACCAUAGAUGUUCAGAACAGAAAAUGAGAGAGAAUAUUGUGUAACUACCCUGCUGUUCCUUAGUUCAAUACAAUAAAAGUCUAAAAUUAAGACUUCUUUUCAGUGCAUUGUUUUAAAGACUGCAGAGAGCUACUUAAAAUUGCUUUAUCUACAACCACAAUAAAUACAUUAGUUAUAUUUUUAGACCAGUAUUGUUAUGGGGUUUUUUAAAAAAUCUAUUCCUGGGUGGAAAAGGGGCAUUUAAAAUUUUUAGGCACACUAAUCCUUGAUUUUGACAGACUCAUAUAAUUGAAUUUUUUUCACAUUUGUUUAGAGUUUAAAUGGCACUUUAAAAAAAUUUUAAUGAGUUUUAAUUUUUUUAAAAAAUAAAUUUAUUUCUGGCAAAAUUCUUUUAUUCUCUAGACUGUUGCCUUCUCUUCUGCUGUGGUAUAUAUCAAUCAUAGUAGCUUCAAGUUUUAUUUAGUAAGUGUCCUUAAGAUUUAACAUCAAGUUGAGGCAGGUAUAUACAGAAUUUCUUGGUCAUAAUUAGCCUAAGUUAUAUGAACACAUUAAAAUGAAUAUUUUCACAAAGUGGCAAAGUGGACUUUUUUAUCAAUUGUAAAAACUGUGUUAAAUGUUUUUCCUAAAGUAGAUGUUAUUUUCUGUAUAGUUAAAAGUGAAAUGUUUUAAAAUUCUACCAUACUCAUUUGGGAUAGUGGUUAGAAAUAGUAUUUUGAUAUAAAAAUCCAUGACCCUUUUCUUUCUUAUCCUCUCUUCCAUACUUUUUGGUAUCUUUUCCCCAAUAUCCUCUCCAAAUAAAAAGCAAAUAAUUUUCCAAGCUACAGGAAAAUACUACAACGUAAUGAAGAAUUUUAAAUUAGCAUUUCAUAGAGUUUAAGGUACUUCAGGGUUUUUUUCUGUUAUUUGGCUCAUCUCCAGGAUUCAAUAUUGGAUAUUUUCUUUUUAUUGGAAUCAAGUUUUACAAGAUACUUAAGUUAAAAAUUUUUUUUAUCAUUUAAAUCCUAAUUAACACUACCAUUUUUUUUAAACUCAUACCUUCUGUCUCAAAAAUCAGUUCUGUGUAUUGCUUCCAAGACAGAAGAGCAGUAAGGGCUAGGGAAUGGGAGUUAAGUGACUUGCCCAGGGUCACACAGCUAGGAAGUAUCUGAGGCCAUAUUUGAACCUAGGACCUCCCAUCUCUACGUCUGGCUCUCAAUUCAUUGAGCUACCUAGCUGCCCCAAUGCUACUUUUAAAAAUAUGAAAGCCUUUUCUUUCUACCUAACAUAGGUAGACUGAUUUUAAAUGUAUAUCAUAAUACUUUAAUAUACAAAGAGGAUAUAUAAGAUGCUCUAAAACUCUUAGUGCAUUUUAAACUUUAAUAGCUUUAUGUGGUCAGUAGACUACAUUAAUAAUUCCUUGAUGCAAAUAUAACAUUGUAUUGAAAUAGAUCAUUUCACAUAACGUUUGGUUAUAAGUCCUUCACUGUUUAGCUGUCAUUUGAUGAAAAUAUCCAUUUGAGUAGUAUGUAUAAAUGCUAAGAAAUUUUACACACAACAUAGAAUCAUCCCCUUCCCCCCCCCCCCCCACACACACACGUUGGGUUCAUGGCCUGGGGAAGUAUUCUGUUUUAAAUUGGGGGCAAGAGGUCACAGAUAAAAGGUGCAUAUACAAUUAAAAGUACCAAAAGUCUUUGCCAAGUAAUGUGAAUACUUUGAAGAGAAACAGAAGGCAAAGAUGGCCAGAAAACAAUUUUGGAUAAUGUGUUGUUAUAACAGGUAUCCAGGAAAUCCUGACCAGAUCUAGGUAUUCAAAUAGAUUUAUGCCUAAAGGGCUACUAGUACCCAUUUUCUGAGCUCUGAUCCAGAGAAUGGGGCCUUGGCUUUGAGUCACAGAUAGGUGAAGAAGCCGUAAGCCAUAAACUAACAAUGGCACAGUUUAGCUGAAGCAUAUUUGCAGGGACCAUUUGUCUAUAGUUUUGCAGCUCCUAUAGAAAAUAUUCUUUACCAUUGGCUUUCCCUACCCCAAAUCAUCCACACAUUUUGUAAAAUGUCAAAUUUUUAAUGUUUCAAAUACAAUUAAGCUGAAAUACAGAUCUAGAAAUAUAAUACCUUCUUAGGUGGCUCUUGGUUUGGAACAAACAAAACAUAGCCCCUUUUAUACAGUAUUGCAAAUGCAGUGUUUGUUGGAGCAUUAGUUUUUAUGUAAGUUAACAUUAGGAUGUACCUUAAAAAUCCUAAUAUACAGUAGCAGAUUUUCAGUUGGUUUAGAUGUUUUGUACCAAGAAACCUAUUGAUAUCACAAAUGCACUUAUGUGGUAUCUCUGAUCUUUCAUAAGCCUUUAUAUAAACGUUGUGGGGCUGGUAAGGAACAGUACAAUAUAACAAAGUUAUUCGGAAGCACCAAUGAACAAGAACUAUGUUUUGACAUAGCAAAAAGAAUUUCAGUGGACAAGAAAAUGUUGAUAAUUGUGAAUCACUAGUAGUGGAAGAUACUCAAAUUUUUUGCAACUUUUUACACCAGUUAUGUGACAUAUUUUAUGUGACAAUUUAUAAUGUGAAAUUAUUUUACCAGAAACUCUUUAGUAUUAGUAUUGUACUUGUUUAUCACUGGGCAAAAAAUAUUUUGGUAUUAAUAAAUCUCAGUGAAUCAGUACAUAAUAGCUUAUGUUGAGGAAAAAGUAAGUUUCUUCUGAUUUUACAGCUACUACUAGAUGAGAUGACUAUCUAGAUUUAUAAAGGAUACUGUUUUAAGUUAGACUGAAGAUUUAUCCUUGAUUGCCAAAUUUUAACUCUGGCAUUUGGUUUGUUGGGAGUUGGAAAACAGUAUUUACUAUGUGUGCUGCUACAAUGUAGUAAUGGUAUCACUUUCCAAGCACUAGUUGUUUAAAUAAAGCUCGAUGUAAAAACUGAACAUCUAUUUAGAGAGCAUCUUUAUGUACUUCAGAAUUGAGAUUUCAAAUUUUAAGUAAACCGUCAGUUUUUUCCUAUAUGUGUUUUUCCUUGGUUACAAUUUUCUUGUCUUGGAAGUAAUGGUGCAAUUAAGAAGAAUAGUAGUAGAACAAGAGAUAAGUAUGGGUAUUAAGGCUGACAAGAAAAAAAAUGUAGUUUAUUUCAGCAUUUUGCUUGUUUUCUUUAAAUUAUCAAGUUUUAACCUUACAGGAUUUUAUAAAUGACCAAAGAAAAUGCACUUAAAAUUGGUCCUCAUAGCUCAAUUGAAUUUUUUCUGCAUUUGUAUAUUUAAUAAAAACUGUCACAAAGUA